UUGUUGUGCGCAGUCUCGUGAUGGAUCUCCGCGCUCGAGUUCGUGAGUGUAGCUGAAUCCAACAACCAAUGCUCCUCGAGAAGCUCUGCGUCCCCUUCAGAAGCGGCCUCCUCCGCCCUUACCGCGCCUUCUCCCAGCCUCCCCAUCUAGCCCUCCACCUCCUCCUCUCCUCCCACACCCCAGACCUCCGCUCCCUCCGCCGCCACCAUGGCCUCCUCGUCGCCGCUGGCCACUCCGCCAACCCCUUCUUCGCCGCCAAGCUUAUCUCCCUCUACGCCGUCUUCCGCCGCCCCGACGCCGCCCUCCGAGUCUUCUCCGCUGCCGUCCCUUCCAACCCCCGCGAUACCUUCCUAUGGAACUCCGCCAUCAAGUCCCAUUUCUCUUGUGGAGACUUCCGCUUCGCCCUCUCCCUCUACAGCCAGAUGCUUUCUUCCGGCGCCCCCCCUAACGAGUUCACUGUCCCCAUGGCCGUCUCGGCCGCCUCUGAGCUCCUCGAUCUCGAUAUCGGCUCUUGCAUCCAUGGUAGCGCGACUAAGUUUGGCCUUUUGCCGGAAAAUUCAGUUGUCGUUGGGUCCUCUUUGGUUUACAUGUACUCCAAGUGCGGGGAGGUCGGUGGUGGCUUUCGGGUGUUUGAUGAAAUGACGAUGAGGGAUGUGGUUACUUGGACAGCACUAAUCGUUGGUUGCGUAAGGAACGGGGAGUCUGAGAUGGCUUUAGCGUGCCUUAAGGAGAUGCACCGGGUCGCUGAUCAUGGAGAUGAGCAGCUCAAUUCUCGAACAGUGGAAGCCGGUGUGCAAGCUUGCAGAAGCUUGGGGGCAUUGAGGGAAGGGAAGUGUCUCCAUGGUUUCAUUUUGAAAGCCGGAAUGGAGGAUUUUGAUUCUCUGAAAUCGUCACUUCUCUCGAUGUACUCAAAAUGUGAAUGCUUGAACGAGGCUGUUCUUGUGUUUCAAGCAUUGGCAGAGAGGGAUGUGGUCUCAUGGACCGCAAUGGUAGUGGUUCAUAUAAGAAAAGGCCACAUAAUUGAGGGCUUGGAGCUGCUUAGAAAAAUGCAAGAUUCAGGAGUAGAGACUGAUGGAGUACUUUGCAGUUGCAUAUUGGUAAGUUUUGGAGAUAUGGGUAGCGUUUGUGGAGGUAAGGGAUUUCAUGGCAUUAUGUUGAGAAGAAACUAUGAAUUGAGUCCAUCAGUUGUUAAUGCUUUGAUCUCUAUGUACUGCAAGUUUGAAAUGUUGCAUCUUGCAAGAAAGGUUUUUAAUAUAAUGGGCCAGCUAGAUGCGGAGUCAUGGAAUUCAAUGAUCUUUGGAUAUGGAAAAAUGGGACUGGACAUCGAGUGCUUGGAUCUUUUUAGAGAAAUGCUGUUUCGAGGCUUUGAUUCUGAUCUCAACAGUUUAGUGACUGUGACCUCUUGUUGUUCUCGCUUGAUGGCAUUGUUCUUAGGCCGAUCUGUCCAUUGCCACACUAUAAAAGUUGCACUUGAUGGAGAUAUAUCUAUCUGUAAUACGCUUGUAGGAAUGUAUGGACAAUGUGGAAGGCUUCAUCUUGCCAGGAGAAUAUUUCAACAAACAAGUAAAGAUGUUAUCACGUGGAAUGCUUUAAUAGCAGCUUAUGCUCGUCUUGGAUAUUCAAAUGCUGCUUUGUCCCUUUUCUAUCAAAUGCUCUUGGGAGAUGUGAGGCCCGAUUCUACAACCUUGAUAACUAUGCUCUCAGUUUGUUCUCAUGUGGCGGCUAUCAACCUAGGAAAGUGGAUACACGAUUACGUGAAAGAAACGAUAUUAGAGGAUGAUGUCUCUCUUAGAACAGCAUUGGUUGAUAUGUAUGCUAAAUGUGGGCAGCUCGGGGUCUCAAGAGAAGUCUUUAAUUCUAUGCCUGAAAGAGAUAUUGUUUCUUGGAAUGUCAUGAUUUCAGGAUAUGGGAUCCAUGGCUAUGCAAGAGAAGCAAUUGAGGUGUUUAGAGAAAUGGAGAAGAUGGGUGUCAGGCCUAAUGAUGCCACAUUUCUUGCAAUUCUGUCUGCUUGCAGUCAUGCAGGAAUGGUAAAUGAGGGGAAAGAGCUCUUUGAUAAAAUGAAGAUCUAUUCUAUUUCUCCCACACUUAAGCACUAUGCUUGUAUGGUUGAUCUUCUAGGUAGAUCAGGUCAUCUAUCAGAGGCUGAAGCUAUGAUUCUUAAGAUGCCAGUCAAGCCAGAUGGUGGGAUCUGGGGAGCUCUGCUCGGUGCUUGUAAAAUUCAUGAUGAUGUAGCAUUGGGUGAGCGGGUUGCAAGGAAGGCUUUUGAAUCAGAACCCGAGAAUGAUGGUUACUAUAUUCUCAUGUCUAAUAUAUAUAGUCAUGCUGGUAGAUGGAAGGAGGUGGAGACGUUGAGGAAGAUGAUGAAGCAUAGAGGGGUGACAAAACGAGUUGGUUGGAGUGCCACAUAAUAUGGCAGAAUGAUUUAUAUUUUCGUGAUGAUGAGUGUUCUAUUUCCUACCUUCACGGGAUUCGAUGUUUCCAAGUCAAGUUGAUAAAUUUGGCUAUGAUCCAAAAAGAAGUAUGAUCCAUUACUUGACUGUGGUUACAGCAAGCUUGUGCAGUUUUGCUAAAUGGUUCCCAAAUCAAACCUUGACAAUUUUGUCUUGGUAAGGAAAUAGAGUUGGCCAAGAAGUUGACCAAUGGCAUGCUGCAACAGAACAAAGCAGUUUGUUCGAUCGAUUGAGAUAGAAGUGAGACAGACGAUAAAGGAGCAUUUACAAGUAUCAGCAUCAAGUAAUAUACUGCUUCAUCCCCUACUCAAUAGGCCUUGCAUGAUGUAUAACAUUUAACCUUUGAGCACAGUGCAUCGGAUAUGUGAUUAUCAUAUGAGCGUCGGAGACCAUUUGAUAACAGUGCUUAUAUUGGGUUACCAAAUCAGAUUACCUGAAUCAUGAGGAAUAUCUGACAGUUUACAGGUUGGUGUGUUGCUUGGAAGGUUUGGGUCAGUGGUGGUAGCUCCAGGAUGGACAGGAUAUCGGGCUUGACAAGACUACAAAAUCGGUGGUGGUAUUCCUUGAUCUUGAGUCACAUUGCAUUCCAUAAUGAAUAUAGUAUUCAUUGGUAAGUGUGGUAGUCAUGGAUAAGACUACAAAAUCGGGGUGUUAUAAUUUCCCUCAUUCAAAGGCUUGACAUCCUUGUUAAGGCCUAGCAUAGUGCAUGUGAGACGUAACCUAGUGAUGGCUCUAUGACAUGAUGAGCCAUCUAACUCUAUCCAUGGGUAUCCCUUUUAUUUUCAAGCCCUCUUACCAUGCCCUGAUAUUAGAUCGGCUCUGAUAUCAAAUGUCACAACCCGAGCCUGAUGGGCUAACUGGCCCAUCAAUUUCAUUUGAUCUAAACCACUGGCCAUAGUACACUCAUCAGACCCUUAUAAGUCAAUAUUAAUCUUACCCACUUCUGAUGUGAAACUAAUCAGGGUGUUACAUGAUUGACAUCCAAUAAUAGAGUCUGGAGAAUAAUAAUUAGUGGGACAUACGAAACCAAUUCCCACCAUAAGAAUAACAUAUAGUUUCUAAGAUUCAAAUAUUAAAUGUAAGACAUCUCUAUCAUAUUAAUUAUUUUUUAUCAUUGAUAAUCUUAAGACUCGACGAAAUAAAAAAAAAAGGGAUUCUUGUAGAUGUAUUACAUGAUUUUUUUUUGUAGAAUAACAUUGAACAACUCAUUUCUAUUGCAUUAUUGUACAAGCACCGUAAAGAUCAUCAAAUUAAAAAAAUAGAUAGGCUUUGUAUAACUAAUUCUAAAAAUUGUACCUUCUGUGGCAGCAUUUCUAUUCAAGUAUGGAUAUCCAGAGUGAAGGGAGAGAAGAAGAGGGAACCUGUAACAAAGAUGUUUGACCGGCGAUGCCGUUGUCAUUGCUUUGAUGCACAAGCAAUGGGACGAACAAGUGCAUAGUACGGAAUCAGAAGAGAGAACUAAUAAGGUUAGAGCACCCAGUGAGUUUGACAAGAAGCACAGUCAGGAGCCUAGGACAGCAACAGGAGGUCUCUUUUUCAUUUAUCAAGUGGCUUAGUCCAGGAUCCUGAGACACACUGUCACCGGCUUCAUAAAUUAUUACAUGGCCUAUUUAGAAUCCUGCUCGACUACUUGGUUGUCAUAAUUUGAGAUCUCAUCCUGACAUGGUUGCCUUAUCUAAUAAUGUAAGUACACUUCUGUAUUUUCUUGUGAUAUAUUAGUUGAGGAUCUGAAAACCAUCACUGACAGCACAAUUUGGCUUCGGAUGGAUGCCUCAAAUACUCAAAGAAGCAUCAUUUAAUCAUAUAUAUAUAUCUGUAGAAAUUACAGCUAUGCAGCAUUUUUUUUAUUCAGAAUGAAAUGGGGACAGAUUCUUUGAUUGAAUGCGUGGUCUUGUAAUAAAUUUGAGUAUGCAAUAUAUGGUUUUCUAGUAGCUAAAUGGAAAUUUGAAUACACAAACUGUGUCUGUUGUAUGGUCGUCCAAUAAGGUUAGGAGGACCUGCUGCAUUGUUCUGUUGAAUUCUAAAUGCUG